UUUUUUAGUGUUGCGCGGUGUCCGUUAAUUCUCGCUGAAAAUUCUGGAUUGAUUUUUUCUUAUUUUGAUUCCGUAUUAGCCCUUUAACGCGGAGAUAAAGAUUGACGUGAUAACACUGGUGCGUUGCAAUUUGUGAAAUGCUGAUCCGAAAUACAUUCUAAUCGGGGUGUAACUGUAGCCGAUUGAUGAAACGUGUCGUGAGGUUAACAACUCGUAGCCAAGCAACUUGAUCGGUUGUCAAUUUUCCUGACCACCUGUUGCGCCCUCAUCAGUGGCAGAUAAUUCGCCUGCACACACCCAGCAUUCAAUCAUGGAUCCGUCAAGGUUCAACGGCACCACUAUGGCGUCCAGCAAAGAGACAGAGGCCUUGAGGACCACAGAGCAGGGACACGUAGGCGCGACGUCGGAUCACGAUAGUCAGGCGAACCCUUCGGCUCCCCUGCUCCAAUUUGGUCAGAACAAUCCGGAAGUACCCGGUAUGGAACCGCCGCCUUACAGCUCAGUCGUGACGCAGGAUUCCCAAGCCUGGCGAAAUCACCCCGGCACCUUUUCCACCGUCAAUGGUCAGGCUCCGUAUCCUACCGGUCCGGCACCCUACCCUACCGACGGAGCUCCCACUUUCGAGGCCCUCUCAGAGGCCCCGUACCCAAAGGCCCCCGCGGGAGUUGCCCCCGAAUCCGUGGUCAGCCCCCGCUAUUCGCCCCCGAUGAACCAAGGUACGAUCUAUCCGACACUGUCAGGUGCCGGUGACCAGUACUAUCCAGUGCAGAAGCAGUACCAGCAGAACCAGGUUGCUCCGCUGCAGACGGUUUACGUAGUACAGAAUAAUGCUGACACAAGUACAACUGACGUCUGCUGCAUUGCGUUGGACUGUUGUAUCUGUUGCGACGCCUUCUUAGACUGCCUCAAAAUCUGCUUCGGCGAUAUCGACAACGACUCGUAAUGUCGUUUCGCUAAAGCUUCUUUGAACGUGAUUAGGUAUACGUAUAGGUAAAUCACUUACGGGUGUACUGUGGAUUUUACAUUCUCUCCUUGCAAGCGACGAUCGUUUAGUCACUCUUCGAUAAUCAUAAUUUACCUCGCUUUUUCGUCAACGCAUCAGUAUCCUAGUGGACGAACGGAACGACCGAUUUCUUUCUAUCGUGUAACCGAACGCCGACAGGUUUUACCGCCAGCGACUGAAUUUCAAGCAAUUGACUCUGUAACCAUUUUUGCAAUAUUCAUUUAUUGCAAACCUCUUCUGGUAUGAUUGCCAGGAUGAAAAUCAAAAUUCAGUUCCGCUUCGAUACCAAGUUUUUCGUUAACAAAUACCUGAGACUGUAGAUGCGUUCGAUUAUGUAGGCUUGACGGUCACCUACAUAGUACGACAGUACGGUCAAAAGCGCGGGUGAAUUACCGUUCGUUUCUAAUUUAUUGCAGCAGUGGAGAUAUGGAAAAAGCUUGGCGUGCGGUGCAAACCUGUCACGAUCACGUUAAUAUGUUUCGCAAAUUUCCUGAACGCGAUGUUUCUUGUGAUAAGCCACCUUGGCUUUAUAAUAUAUUUCAAAUGCAGGUACAACAUCUACGUCUCUGGAGGAUCUUCAUACAAAACACCAUGGUAAAUUUUUGUCUUUAUAUUUUUAUUUG